AUGUCCUGCGCGGCCAACUCCAUUGCCGGCGGCCUGAGGAGCGCGCCACCGCCGUCGUCGCAGGGGAGCGUCGUCGCGGCGGCGAUCGCCUCAACGCGGCGGCGGAUCUCGGCGCCGCCACCGCAGCUCCGGCGGCGGCGACCGGCGGGAGUGAGGUGUGGGAUCGCGGAGCUGAUCGGAGGAGACCUGGUGCGGCCGGACCUGGGGCGGUGGCUGGCGGAUGUGGAGGAGCACAAGGCGCUGGCCUUCUACACGCCGCACGAGGGAGGAUACGAGGGGCGCUACCUCACGCGGCUCCGCUACGAGGGCUAUCGCUUCCUCGACGUGUCCGCCCGUGGCCUCGGCGAUCCAGAGACCACUCUCACCAAGAUCCACCCCGUCUGCCCCGUCCGUACCUCCCUCCACCAUUGCCACCAUUCUUCCUCUCCUUAGUCUUCUUCGCUGUUUGAUUUCUUCUCCUUGCUGUUACUGACGCAGAGGGGGGGGUGGGAACCCGAAAAACGCUUUGUUGCAGCCACAUCUGGGGAGGCAGCCUAUAGCGCGGUGGUACUUUCCGCCGGAGGUGGACUACAGGCUCUCGCUGCUGCCACCCGACGCCAAGGGCCUCGUCCUCUGGAUAAUUGAAGCCAAGGUCGUCGCCCCCUCCCUUUUCCCCUCCCCCUUCUUCUCGAUUGUGUAACCCUAUUUAAAUCCUCCAUGGAUUGAAACUCGACAGGUGCUGUCCAAGGCGGAGCUGCAGUUCCUGGCGCUGCUCCCCACCCUGCGCCCCAAGGUCCGGGUCAUCGCCGAAUGCGGAAAUUGGUAAGCUCCUCUGCUCUUCCCACCGCCGCUGUCUUCUCCUCCGAUGAAGAAGACGACUCCGCCAUUGGAGCAGCACCAGCUCACUGUGCAGAGGCAAAACUUGCAGGAGGAAGGUGGAGUGGAAGCCGCUGCGGGAGAUCGCGGGGCUCCCCCCGGCGUAA